GCGAAAUUAUUUCAUCACGUGAAGAACUGCUGACGUCAGACUUAGCGCCAAUGCUGCAAAUUCGUUCGCGCCAAAUCACGAGACGACGAAAUGGCAGAUACAAGGACGAAGAGGGUUUCUAACCUUCCUUGGGUUGAGAAAUACAGACCGAGCAAACUUGAUGAUUUAAUUUCUCAUCAGGAGAUCAUUAAAACAAUUCAGAAGUUCAUGAAUGAAGAUCGUCUUCCCCACUUGCUGUUCUAUGGACCUCCUGGAACGGGCAAGACAUCGACCAUCCUUGCCUGUGCCAAACAGCUGUACUCUCCCAAGGAAUUCAACUCCAUGGUGUUAGAGCUGAAUGCAUCAGAUGACAGGGGUAUCGACAUCGUCCGUGGGGCCAUCCUCAGCUUUGCUAGCACCAGGACCAUCUUCAAGUCGGGUUUCAAACUGGUUAUCUUGGACGAGGCCGACGCAAUGACCAAUGAUGCGCAGAAUGCCCUCAGAAGAGUGAUUGAGAAGUUUACAGAGAAUACCCGCUUCUGUCUGAUCUGCAACUACUUGUCCAAAAUCAUUCCUGCCCUGCAAUCCCGCUGUACAAGGUUCCGGUUUGGUCCACUCAACCUGCAGCAGAUGGUUCCCAGAAUCCAACAUGUCAUCAACGAAGAAGGAGUCACUGUAACCGAAGAUGGUAUGGACGCUCUGGUCAGACUAUCUAAGGGAGACAUGCGGCGAUCUCUCAAUAUUUUACAGAGCACACACAUGGCAUACGACGUCGUCAGUGAGGAGAAUGUUUAUCAAUGUACAGGGCACCCCCUGCGGUCGGACAUUGAGAAUAUCGUAGACUGGAUGCUAAACAAGGACUUCACCACUGCGUAUAACAGUAUCCUUGCCCAGUCUGGUCAGGUUGCCCCACUGAUUUUUGUAUUUCCACAUGCUAGAUUAGAUGCGUAGGUGAUUCCUUGGCCUCUUUCAAUACGUAACACAAGGCCAUUUCUUUACCUUCGUCCGAAUAACACUUUUCCUUUGCUUCUUCCAAAUACAUUCUGCAUGAUC